GUAUGGUCGCCGGAUCGACUGGCGAGACUCCAUGGAUACACCCAUAUAGGCAUGCACCAAAACCAAAACUGGUUUUGAAGUUUUGGUUUUGAAUUUUGGUUUUGAAUUUUGGUUUUGAUAUAGUUUUGGUUUUGGAAUAGGUUUUGGUUUUGAAGGUUUUGGUUAUAAUGAUAUUAGUCUUCGAUUUGGUUUUGGUUUUGGUUUUGACAUAUAA